CUUGCCUUUCAGCUUGCCACUCGAGUGCGUUUCGCAUAGUCGAUUCCAACAACACAGCACGGCGUUCGCUCUGCAUUCAAAUUGUACUGCCGACGCUUUCGUCCAACUCGUCGCUCUGUUGCGAAUGAAACGCUACCGCCUCCGUGGCUAUCAGCGCGUCUUAGCUGUUUCUGCCAAAUCCGCCAAACAACUGUUUGCGGCGCGUUUGUUAUGUUGUGCCUAAGCUAUGCCAUGUCGCUCGCCGCCAACUGAGCAACGCACGGACUGGGGCGAGCAGGCGCCACCUGACAUUUCGCCAACAGCCGCCGUUUGGCAUCUUCAUUCAUUGGUCAGCGUGACAAUGGAGCGGUUGUCGUGUUAACGGAUUUUCGAGUUGUCGCCGUCGCCACUUUACGCAUUGCGAACUCGUACGUGGAGCGUGUUGCAUGCGUACGCUGAAUUACAAAAGCGAAACGCUUCGAUCAAAGAAACCGAGAAAUAUUUAAAAUAAAGUGCUUACGAAAAAUUGUUGAACGAGAAGAACAAGAAAUUACUUGAAUGGCAAUCAGUGUAAAAUCAAAACAAAAUUUUUUUAAAAUUAUGAAAAAUUUGUGUUUAAAUAAAUAAAUGAUUUUAUUAGAAACUAUUGACGUUUGUUCGAAAACAAGUCAUACGCCUAUAAUAUCCUCACUGUGUGAUCGAGUGCAAAUUUAUUUUCAAAGUGUUAACAUUAAGAUAAAAUGCUUCUGAGCAACAAUUCCUCAGAGGCAAAACAGCAACAACAACAGUCCGCAACAACGACAUCGCCGCAAACCCAAUUUAGACAGCAAAAGCUGUACGACAAUCAACAACAGCAACUACAACAACAAUAUAGUCGACAGGACGUACGAAAUUUCACUAAUAACAACAACAACUACUACUACAAUAACGAUAAGCAUAAUCUGAAUUAUUUGCCCGUUAACGUGACACAACAGGUCCCGCCAGCCUCAACGAAAUCCACACCCACCACCGCUGCCGCCGCCGUGGCCGCAGCCGCUGCAGCUGCCACAUUGUUGCUGAAUCAAUCUGGAGUUUUCGCAACCACCGCCGCCGCGGCAACUAGAACAGCGACAGCGUCAGCAACCACAAACACCAUCAACGGUAAUUCCUGUGUCGGCGCCACGGAUUUCUCAAUCGCUGCGAUAAUGGCGCGAGGCGCGAACGCCUCGAGCCGUGAACCAUCCGAAAGGAGUUUGAGUCCCGUUUCGGUGGAACCCUAUCCCGAGCCUGAUGAUGAUGUCGAUGUGGAUGUUGAUGUGGUCGACUGUAGCGAUUCCGAGUCGCCGUUGGGACGUGCAAUGCGCGCACAUCAUCGGCAUCAAUUGCAGCAACAGCACCUGCCACCGGGGCAUCACAAACUGCAACGCCACGCUCACCACACACACAGUCAGCAUAGCGCCAAUGCAAAUAAUGGUGAUAGUAGCGGUGUGCCGCAACAGACGAGGCGCAGCAGCAGUCGGGGGCGCGCUUCACCGCAGAGCCCCAACAGUUCCACAGCCAACGACGAGGAUCGCCUGUCGCCGGAGCCCGCGCAGGUAAAACGCAAAUCUGCGCCGAAAAUCGUCGGCUCCUGCAACUGUGAUGAUCUGCUGCCGGUGCAGUGUCACCUGGAGACGAAGGAACUAUGGGACAAGUUCCAUGAAUUGGGCACCGAGAUGAUAAUCACCAAAACGGGAAGACGUAUGUUCCCCACCGUGCGCGUCAGCUUUUCGGGUCCUCUGCGUCAGAUACAACCACCCGACCGUUACGCUGUGGUGCUGGAUGUGGUGCCGAUGGAUUCACGACGUUACCGUUAUGCCUAUCAUCGAUCGUCGUGGCUGGUCGCCGGCAAAGCGGAUCCACCGCCUCCAGCGCGGCUUUAUCCACAUCCCGAUUGCCCUAUAAGCGUCGAGGCGCUGAGAAAGCAGGUGGUCUCCUUCGAGAAAGUGAAGUUGACAAAUAAUGAAAUGGAUAAAAAUGGGCAGAUCGUCCUGAACUCCAUGCAUCGUUAUCAGCCGCGUAUUCAUCUGGUGCGACUCGCACAUGGUCAGACUAUACCCAACAACCCGAAGGACCUGCAAGAGCUGGACCACAAAACUUUCGUAUUUCCGGAGACUGUAUUCACAGCGGUUACGGCUUACCAAAAUCAAUUAAUAACAAAGUUGAAAAUCGACUCGAAUCCAUUCGCUAAAGGAUUUCGUGACUCCUCGCGCCUGACGGACUUUGAUCGUGAUCCCAUGGACUCCUUCUUGCUCGAGCAACAUCUGCGCUCGCCGCUGCGUUUCUUUCCCGACCCGCUAAUGGCGCAGCUUUCACCGCAAGAGGCCGACGCCGCGUCGCUCGCGUUUCUCGAGAAGGCGCGUCAACACCUCCAAAUGUUCGGCCGUUCGCCGUACACGGAAAUGUUGCUACCGCAACUGUACCAACGCCCGCCAGUGCUGAACGCCUUCAACAUCGGCAUGUGGCAGCAGCAGUGGCCGCAACUGACCGCCGGCUUCAUAGCGAGCGCCAAUCAACAGGCCGUUGCCGCACAAGCGGCCGCCGCCGCUGCUGCCGCGGCCAAUGCGUGCCGCACACCACCGCCACCCCCGCCAUCGACAAUAAUGGUCGGAGUACCACCGCCUCCACCGGCGACCACGCCCUCCUCGUCGGGCUCAGCCUCGCCAGAUAUGCGCAUAAGGCACUUCCAGCGCUACAGCCCGUACCAGGUGCCGCAUCCGCAGCAACAACAAGCGCAGCAUCAGCAGCCGCCGCUAACGCGCACUCCCCCGCUAUAAUGGGGAGAGGCGGUCUGCAAAGGGGAUUUAAAAUGUGCAAUCUGAUAUGUUCUUUUUUUUCAAUUACGCCGAAUAUUGAUAUGCUAAUUUUUGUUGUUGCCAGCUGUGUGGUAUCAUAAUUAUUUGUUAAAUAUUAUAAUUGCUUUGCGCGAAUACUUGGAUGUGCGUUUACAGUAUUAAAAUUAGGCAAUUGCGAUAAUGAUCACAUGUUGCAAUGUAAAAAAUGCUAAUUCAAGUGAAAUCUGUUUAAUUUAUUGUAUUUGUAAAAACGUUUUACUUUAUUUGUAUAUGUAUAUGUUCCUAAUCAAUUUGUGUAUGUUUGUAGUGCAGGAAUGAAGAAUACUUAGAAAUAUAUAUGUACUUGUAUAAAUAUAUAUAUAAAAACUAUGUCUAGCAUUGUAAAUCUAAAACAAUAAU